CUAUGACUGCAAAGAUGGAAACGACCUUCUACGACGAUGCCCUCAACGCCUCGUUCCUCCAGUCUGAGAGCGGCGCCUACGGCUACAGUAACCCCAAGAUUCUGAAGCAGAGCAUGACCCUGAAUCUGGCCGACCCGGUGGGCAGCCUGAAGCCGCACCUCCGGGCCAAGAACUCCGACCUCCUCACCUCGCCCGACGUUGGGCUGCUCAAGCUGGCGUCGCCCGAGCUGGAGCGCCUGAUCAUACAGUCCAGCAACGGGCAUAUCACCACCACGCCGACCCCCACCCAGUUCCUGUGCCCCAAGAACGUGACGGACGAGCAGGAGGGAUUCGCCGAGGGCUUCGUGCGCGCCCUGGCCGAACUGCACAGCCAGAACACGCUGCCCAGCGUCACGUCGGCGGCGCAGCCGGUCAGCGGGGCGGGCCUGGUGGCCCCGGCGGUGGCCUCGGUGGCGGGCGGCAGCGGCAGCGGCGGCUUCAGCGCCAGCCUGCACAGCGAGCCGCCUGUCUACGCCAACCUCAGCAACUUCAACCCCGGCGCGCUGAGCAGCGGCGGCGGGGCGCCCUCCUACGGCGCGGCUGGCCUGGCCUUUCCCGCGCAGCCCCAGCAGCAGCAGCAGCAACCACCGCAGCCGCCGCACCACCUGCCCCAGCAGAUACCCGUGCAGCACCCGCGGCUGCAGGCCCUGAAGGAAGAGCCGCAGACGGUGCCCGAGAUGCCCGGGGAAACGCCGCCCCUGUCCCCCAUCGACAUGGAGUCCCAGGAGCGGAUCAAGGCGGAGAGGAAGCGCAUGAGGAACCGCAUCGCUGCCUCCAAGUGCCGGAAAAGGAAGCUGGAGAGGAUCGCGCGGCUGGAGGAAAAAGUGAAAACCUUGAAAGCGCAGAACUCGGAGCUGGCGUCCACGGCCAAUAUGCUCAGGGAACAGGUGGCCCAGCUUAAACAAAAAGUCAUGAACCACGUUAACAGCGGGUGCCAACUCAUGCUAACGCAGCAGUUGCAAACGUUUUGAGGCGAGACUGUCGGGGGCUGAGGGGCAACGGAGAAAAAAUAUAAAUAACACAGAGAGACAGAUUUGAGAACUUGACAAGUUGCGAGAGAGAAACAGAGAAAAAAACAAAAGUGUCCGAGGACUAAAGCCAAGGGUAUCCAAGUUGGACUGGGUUGCGUCCUGACGGCGCCCCCAGUGUGCACGAGUGGGAAGGACUUGGCGCGCCCUCCCUUGGCGAGGAGCCAGGGAACGGCCGCUCGCGGGCUGCCCGGGUUUGCGGACGGGCUGUCCCCGCGCAAACAGAACGUUAGACUUUUCUUUAACGUUGACCAAGAACUGCAUGGACCUAACAUUCGAUCUCAUUCAGUAUUA